GUCUAAAGGGUCACUCAAUCUAUUCUUGAAUUUUUAAUACAUUUUCGCAAUCUGAAUAUGAUGAUUGGUCCAUCAUAUGGUUGAUAUUCAAUACAAUUAUGAAAUCCCGAGUUCAAGGAGGCUGGAACAAAAAACCACAACAACCUAUUAUUAGAAAUAAUGUUUCCUCUAAUACAAUUGUUUAUAAACCACCAGAUCAAAAUAUAAAAUUUAAACCUGAAGAUAUUAAUAUAAGUGAAUCCGGAGAUUACACUAUUAGUACCUCAUUAUAUGGAUUAUCAAAAAUUCAUAUAAAUCAAACUUUAUACAGUUUGGGGGAGGCUGAUAAUCUAUAUAGAACAUUAAUAAAUUCAUUAAAUUGGGAAAAUCGGUAUGAUAUUUCAAAACUAACUGGUGAGAAAAUAUAUAAAUCACGUUUAAUAACAUGGUUUGGUGAUGUAUCUUAUACAUAUUCUAAUACACAUCAUGUACCUAAUAAUAAUUGGCACCCAUUGUUAAUUAAAAUUAAGGCUGAUGUGGAAAGAUAUUGCAACACUAACUAUAAAUUUUCAGAAGAUAAUCAACAAGCAGAUUUAAUUAGUUUCAACUCUUGUUUGUGCAAUUUAUAUAGAAAUGAAAAAGAUGGAGUUGAUUGGCACAGUGAUGAUGAAAUAGAGUUGGGUAAAUUUCCAUUUAUUGCCUCCUUAUCUUUGGGAGAAAUCAGAAAUUUUUUAUUAAGACGUAUUCCUGAUUCAGGUAAUAUUGAAGAUUAUGAAUACACACAACAGAUCAAGGUUCCAUUAAACCAUGGUAGUUUGUUUAUUAUGCAAGGUGCAACCCAAAAAGACUGGCAACACAAAAUUCCUAAAGAGUACCACGAUAAAGGAGCAAGGAUCAAUUUAACCUUCAGACGAACUUAUGACAUUAAUGCUCUUAAAUUACAAUAGCAAUAUUCUUCGGUUUUAUUUAAGUUUAUAUUUAAUUUUGGUACACAUUGUAUAAUAUAUUUGAACUAUUAUGAUGAAAAGAAUGAAUUAUUUUAUAUAUCUUAUUGUAAUUUUCAGUUUAUAUAUUUUUUACAAAUCAUUAUAAAUCAUCAAUUAAUCAUAUUACCAAUUGCCUUUGUUUUCAAGGUUAAUUGAUUCUAUUACAAUAGUAUUAUUCA